AACCUGAGGGGCUAAUAUAUCAAUAAAUACUUUCCUGAGGUUUACUCGUGAUAGUUAAUAGCUCCUCCAAAAUUCCCAAAAACGUACUGAUCUCUCUCACCGGCGCCGUCGACCACCACAACGUCCAUCGGUAGGAUUUGUUGAAAAUAGAGUUUAAGCUGUUUCCACCCUGAAUUUUUAUCUUUUUCCAACUGACAAAAAGAGAUGAGCUUGUUCCGGCAAUGGGCUUUUAUAGUAAAAGAAGCGCAAGAUGUUGGCUUUAUGCUUGCUAAAUUCUGCUGCGUUCUUCAUGUCACCACUACUUACGUCUGCUCCACUGGUUUGGUCCAAGGACCUAGUAUGCUCCCCACCUUUGGUAUUUCUAAUGAGAUUGUCUUGUUUGAAAGAAUCUCUACGCGACGUGGCAAAGCAGGCCCUGGUGAUGUAGUCAUAAUCCAAUCGCCUGAAAAUCCAAGGAAGCAUGUCACUAAGAGAAUUAUUGGCACGGAAGGUGACACUGUCACAUACGUAGUGGACCCCAAACAUAGUGAUAGAACUGAGACCAUUGUUGUUCCUAAGGGACAUGUGUGGGUCGAGGGAGAUAACAUUUACAUGUCUAAAGAUUCACGGAAAUUCGGACCUAUUCCUUACGGGCUUCUUCACGGCAGGGUUUUUUGGAAGAUAUGGCCUGCUGGUGUAUUUGGAUCGAUUGGGAGUAGACCUGAAGCUGUUGACCCUGCUUUAAAGGCUGUAGAGCAGUCCAACCAUACAUGACUUGUAGAAUGGCGAGCUCUUCAAGACUUAAAUAUUAAUUUUGUUCUGCAUCUAGUCGAGUUAAAUCUGGCAACACAUUUCUUUUGGGUUGUAACCUGCUGUGAUUUUUUCAAGUCCUUGAUGGAACAUUACUUGUAACCUGCUGUGAUUUUUUCAAGUCCUUCACAUCAAGUUUCCGAAUAAUGUUAUUUGGACUUGUAAUACGUGAUAAAUAUGAAGAGAGCUGAGCGCAUAUAAAAAACUAUUGUGGUAGUGGCGAAAGGCCUACCUUAGUGACCUUUGACUAGUGAAGUCAUUUAUCUGCAUGUGAUGCAUAUGUUUUAGUUCUUUGAUUUAUUUCAA